GUUAAAGACCUGUGAGCCAACAGCAGCUCAGCUCAGCUUUAGGCCACUCCCAGAGGCAGCCAAUAUUUUCUUUAUCUCCUCCUCCGGCCUCACUCGCUCAGUCACUGGCUCUGGGCUUUGUGGUAGCGUGCAGUAGUGGCACUGUGGCUGAGCAUAUGUCAGAGAGCAGUCGCUGAAGAGAGAGAAACACAGGGAGACUAAAACCAUACAGUUUGCACACGGACAAACAGAAAUCCUCCAGUCUGGUACUAUACCGCAACUGGAUAUAAAAGAAGAAACAAAAGAAAUACUCUCACGAAAGAAAGAAAGAAAGAAAGAAAGAGGGGGGAGUAGGAGAGAGAAAGUGAGGCAGAGGAAAAUCCGGACUGCCUUUGACGAGGAGUUGAACUAUCUAUCGCUACACGCACAGACACACAGCCGUGUUGGAGCUGUGAGGUCAGCGGACUCACUCACACUCUCAGACAGUAAAAAAGAAGGGUACCUGGAUCUCGUCAAGGGAGAGGUGUGUGUCUUUCUGCGGCCGUGCGUGUGUGGGUUUGUGUGUCUGCAGAGGAAAGAGAAUGGAGGAAGGCUCUGUGGCUCCAGAAUGCAACUCUACAACCACCAACCCUUUGCUCAACAACCACUGCACCGAAAUCGAGACUCAUCAGACCAGGCAACAUUCUUCCAGUCUUCAACUGUCCAAUUUUGAUGACAGCAUCUCGGCGGCGAGCGCGUCUGACGUGCAGGACCGCCUUUCGUCGCUGGAGCUGCGCGUUCAGCAGCAGGAGGACGAGAUCACUGUGAUGAAGGCGGCGCUGGCCGACGUGCUGCGGCGACUGGCGCUCUCCGAGGACACGGCCGCCAAGAAACAGACCGGCACCAAAGGACAGACUCCCCUUCGUGAGGCCUACUCCAUGUCCUGCAUCGCCAACGGCAGCACCAGCAGCCGCAAACCCAGCCACAGAGACAGAGACGGCUCCACGGUGUCCGUCGCCAGGAAGGAGACAUUCUCCUCCGCAGCCAAGAGCGGUCCGACUGCAGAGAGAAAGAAGGACAAGCCUCAGAUGGAGGGCAUCAAGGAGAAGGAGGAGGAGUCCUCCCCUGCCAGCCAAGCUAACGAUAAAGCCCCCGCUGGCAGCCCAGUGCAGCCCUCUCCGUCCCCGUCCAGCUCCAGCCACCCUCCCUCCCCUCACCCCCCCCAGUCCCAAAGGCAGACCCCGGAGGGCAAGGGCACCCCCACAGCCAAAAGAGGUCACAGUGCCAAGCGGGGCAUAGAGCGUUCUCAGAGCAGUACCUGGGAGAGUGGCGAAGAGAGCAGGAUCAAGCUGGUGAAGGCCGCCUCCACCUCAAAACUGCUGGCCAAGGUGGUGAAGAAUGCAGACAAACAUAAAGACCCAGUCUUCAGCCAAGCCAAAAUGUCAACCCGUGAGAAAAACAGCCAAGCAGAGGGAGACUACAUCAAAAUGUUCAUGCGAGGACGUCCCAUCACCAUGUUCAUCCCCUCGGACGUGGAGAACUAUGAAGACGUGCGGUCCGAGCUGCCUCCGGAGAGGCUCAAACUGGAGUGGGUUUACGGCUACAGAGGGAGGGACUGCAGAGCCAAUGUCUAUCUCCUCCCUACAGGGGAAAGCCUCUACUUCAUAGCCUCAGUGGUGGUCCUCUUCAACUACGAGGAGAGGACCCAGCGUCACUACCUUGGCCAUACCGACUGCGUCAAAUGCCUCGCCGUUCACCCUGAUAAGAUCCGCAUUGCCACAGGACAGAUUGCCGGAGUCGACAAGGAUGGGCGGCCACUGCAGCCCCACGUGAGGGUUUGGGACUCGGUCAGUUUGUCCACUCUGCAGGUCCUCGGCCUGGGUACUUUUGAGAGGGGCGUGGGCUCCCUGGCCUUCUCCAAAGCGGAUUCAGGUACUCACCUGGCGGUGAUUGACGAUUGUAAUGACCAUAUGUUGACUGUCUGGGACUGGCAGAAGAAAUCCAAGAUUGCUGAAAUCAAGUCUACAAACGAGGUGGUGCUGGCAGUGGAGUUCCACCCUACUGAUGCCAACACCAUAGUAACUUGUGGCAAGUCUCACAUCUUCUUCUGGACCUGGGCCGGCACCUCGCUGGCACGCAAGCAGGGCAUCUUUGGGAAAUAUGAGAAGCCCAAGUUUAUUCAAUGUCUGGCCUUCCUGAGCAAUGGGGACAUCCUGACGGGAGACUCUGGAGGCAUCAUGUUGAUAUGGACUAGGAGCACAGUGGAGCCGGCCCCAGGGAAAGGGCCAAAAGGUGCCUACCAGAUCAGUCGUCAGAUCAAGGCCCACGACGGCAGUGUGUUCACCCUGUGUCAGAUGAGGAAUGGGACCCUUCUGACUGGUGGGGGCAAGGACCACAAGAUUAUCCUGUGGGACCACGACCUGAACCCAGAGAGAGACAUAGAGGUCCCUGAUCAGUACGGAACCAUUCGGGCUGUGGCCGAGGGCAAGGGGGACCAGUUCCUGGUGGGCACCUCACGCAAUUUCAUCUUAAGGGGGACGUUUAAUGAUGGUUUCCAGGUGGAAGUGCAGGGUCACACGGACGAGCUGUGGGGGCUGGCCUCACACCCCUUCAAGGACUUGUUCCUAACCUGUGGCCAGGACAGGCAGGUGUGCUUGUGGAACGCUGCGGACCACUCGCUGGAAUGGACCAGGCUCCUGGAUGAGCAUGGCCACUGUGCUGACUUCCACCCCAGUGGUGCUGUUGUGGCCAUCGGAACUCACUCAGGAAAGUGGUACGCUCUGGAUGCAGAGACCAGAGACUUGGUAGCCAUCCACACAGACGGCAACGAGCAGCUGUCAGUCAUGCGCUUCUCCGUCGAUGGAACCCUGCUGGCAGUGGGAUCACACGACAACUUCAUAUACCUCUACACCGUGUCGGAGAAGGGCCGCAAAUACACAAGAUUUGGAAAGUGCAUUGGUCAUUCCAGUUACAUCACACAUCUUGACUGGUCCCCCGACAACAAGUUCGUCAUGUCCAACUCAGGGGACUACGAGAUCCUCUACUGGGACAUUCCAAAUGGCUGCAAGUACAUCCGUAACCGCUCGGAGUGCAAGGACAUCGACUGGGCCACCUACACCUGUGUGCUGGGAUACCAUGUCUUUGGAGUGUGGCCUGAGGGUUCAGAUGGCACAGACAUAAAUGCGCUGAUCAGAUCCCACAACAGGAAGGUAAUCGCUCUGGCUGACGACUUCUGCAAAGUGCACCUCUUCCAGUACCCCUGCUCCAGACCCAAGGCCCCGAGCCACAAAUACAGCGCCCACAGUAGUCAUGUGACCAACGUGACCUUCCUCCACAAUGACAGCCAUCUGGUGUCCACGGGCGGGAAAGAUACCAGUGUCAUGCAGUGGCGUCUGGUGGAGAAGACCUCCUCCUUGGUCCCGAGCGACUCGUCCCUGGCUCUGGGGGAGGGGCUCAUGCAAAACUCCGCCCCCCGUCCCGCUCUUCCGGUGGUGUCCCCGACGCCAACACCGCCCACCGUCCUCGACCUGACCUCCGACCCUGUGACAGCGGUCGUCACGCCUCCCACCACGCCCACCAAGCCCACGACCAACGGGCGGCAAGAGAGCUCACCGGAAACCCCUCCCCCCUCCGAGCUGACCUCGCCCCGCUUGGAUUCCACCCCACCCCCUUCCGACAGCACGCUGAGCCCCAAGGACAGCCUGGACCCCAGCGACGACACGGCCACGCCUAGUGACGAGGGCCGUCCGUUCACCCCACCCUCCUAAAGAGCCCCAGUUCUGAUGCUCUCGCUCCUGCUCAACACCCCCCCCUGGAGGCACCUUGAUGUCACUGCAGCUCUCAGGUGGAGCUCAGCGGGGUUCAAUAUUGGUUCAGGUUUUUUUGGUUUUUUCUUUGUAGUUUCUUUUCAUGAUCUUUUCAUUUUUGUUUUGAAGUCUAUGUGUUAAUUGGUUAAGAAUGCAGGUUGUAAUAGAGAUGAGGCAGUGAUGUUUUAGUUUUUUAACGCUGACGUCAUGCGUUUGUGAGGAGAUAGUGGUUAUUCUGGGUCAUGGGGUCAAGUCAAAUCUGCAUAUGAAAGCUCUAGGAGAGAGGUACACAAACACACACUAACACUGGCACCGAUACACUACGACACACACACACACAAACAAACAAACAUCAUAACACUCCUGGAUCAGAGAGACACAUGCAGGAUCUUUUCCACAGAUUGAUAUGAUACAGUACUUAUUAUGAUACAGUACUUGAUACCAAGUUUUACCUAAUGUGUUUCAACUGAAGUAUAUAAGGCUUUGAGAGCCUGUGGCCUCUUCCCUGAUCCUAGAUUACGCCAGGCUGGUACCUCUGGCAAAUGCUUAUCUACAGUCCAGCCUUUUGUCAAUACUGAUCAUGGCUUUGUUGCCAUACAAAGCUAUACUCACAAUCCUCAUUGAGUAAUCGAGCAGCCUGCAGUAACACACCACCACCGACUGUGUGACCACCACACGAUCAGUUACAUACACAGUAGUUCUCCAUAUCUCCAGGGGUUUCAGACAGGUGUAUGUGUGUGAGUGAAGACUGACAUGCCUGAAGACUGUGUCUCCAUGGCAAUACGCUGUUCUCUCUGGUAGAGUCCCUGCUGGAACAUCAUCCAUCCAGUCUUGCUUUAACGACACCACCCCCCCCCCCCCCCACACCCCCAAAAAAGGACUCUGAUGAAUAAUGAUCUGUAGGAAAUCCUGUGACCGCGGCCGCACCGUACCACCGGCAACACCAGCAUGGCAGAUUCGCUCACCCGCUAGACCCACGUGCUACAGUUUUUAGCGUUUCUUUGUUUGAUUUAAAACCUUUUAAAAGCUCAUCCUGGGUACUGUUUCUACUCUGCUCUGUGGACUAUGUUUUUAGAUAAAAAAUAAUAAAAAUGCAGAAGACAAAAAAAAGAAGGAAAAAGGAAAUAGUCUUAAGAGCGUGCAAGUCGCCGUUUACACGUUUGCGUCAUUCCAGAGGAGGGUGUGUGCCCACCCCCCACCCCCCGACCCCCGACCCCUCUGUCAUUUCAGCAGAAACUCAGGACUGGAUCACGCUCACACAAUCACACAGCCAGCAGGGAGAGGCGACAGUCGCCCCCCCCCCAGUGGGAAUAUGCUGGUUAAUUUCCACAGAGGUGGCCUACGAAAGAGAUGAAGAAGGGCUGUUCUGGUUAUUUUUCCGGAAGUGAAGGAGAGAAAUGUAUUCUGACUGUCUAUUGACCAGGGCUGGUUCUAGGCAUUUGCGACAUAAGCGGUUACUUAGGGCCCCGACAAUUAGGGGCCCACAACCACUAGGGAGGGGGGCCCCUAAUGAAAUUUUGCAUAGGGCCUCCAAAAGGUUAGAGCCAGCCCUGAUUUUGCCGACUAGGGAAAGUGGAGGGUUUCAGUGAUGAGGCAAUCGUGGACAGAUGAUUGAUACGGAUGUGAUUCGGAUAGGGAUGUUUGGGCUAGUUGUAAAGGAUUAAACAAUGGAAGUGUUUUCUGUGUCCUUAUCAGGAGGAAGAGGGAGGACAAUGUAAAAAGGCACGCGGUGUAGGCAUGUUCUACGUCCUCUCCGUCUUAGAGAGACGACUCAGGAUCUGUGUAGGUGAAGUAAUGAUGUGGAAACGUUGGCAGGUUUAUGGUGAAGACAUUAGUCACGUUAGUGAAAGCCAGAGGGCUUUGUUGUAUCAAUGUUUUUCAAUGCCGUUCUAACGCCUCAAAGAUGUCGACUUCUAGCUUGUCCACAAAGAAGCUCUUUCUUUUCAUAUUCAAAAUCUCUGACCUUUUUUUUUAGGCAAAUUAACUGCUUAAACUUCUUUCCUGCACGGGGAUGCUUUACUGUAGGUGGAAUAUUUUUGUAGUCGGUCCUGUGUUUGUUUCCCCGUGGUCUUGUCGUCGUAGUGAACUUGGGCUUUUCUUCCCCGAAUUUUCUGCUUCUGAGUGCAUGGAACCUGGUCUAAUACCUGUAGUGACCUGGGUACUUCAGUUACCCUUGGAUACUUGUGUGAGUGUUUCCAGAAGGCUACUAACCUGUCUCAAUACAUUUUCGUCCUGAUCCGUAUCCAUUUUGUACAUUCAGGUGUGGCUACUUUAUGUAUAUAUGGUAUGCCUGUGUGUAUAUAUCUGAUUGUUGUUUUUUUUUUCAUCUUGAGAAGGUGAUCCACUAUUAAACAGUGCUGUUUUUCACCACUAGGGGGUGUACUCCUCCAGCUCAUCCGCAGACCAGGCCUGUGCAGUACUGUUAUUAUCCUGGAGGUUUGACUUCUCAUAAACCAUGGUGCCGAAUGUUCUUAUUGGGGGUUGGGACGGUGAACCGGCUUCGAGAGGGCCUCCUCUUGUAACCUCUUCGGAGGUGUCUCUCGUUUUGUCGUUGAAGUGUGUUCAUGGCCUCUAACCUUGCCCCAUAUUGGCUAGGGAGUGGCCUUCCAAUUGGAGGCCUACGGCAGGUAUGUCCUUUGAAUGUUGCUCUGAGAAUUGCCUUGCUACAGCAUCCAUAUCAAGGGUCGGGUGAGGCAGGGUUUGGUUCGGAUUUUUUAAGAGAGGGAACUUGAUUGUUAAUUAGGUGUGGAAAACGUGGAUCCCAUUGCAUCCUAUUCUGGGCCUUGACAAGAAUCUGAGAUUUGCGGUAGCGAGGCCCAUUAUGUCCAUUUAAUCAUGAAUCUUUUUAGGGGAUCUUUAUCUUUUUUUGAAGGGCUUGUAUAGAAUCCCAUUUUUUUCUGGUCCGGCUAGUAUCCAAAACACAGAAAGGGAAAAGGGGGGACGAGUUGAAACACAAAGCCCCUCGACUGGUCUGAAAUCUCAGCCUUGUGAAUGUAUAUCAGUGUGUCCUGGGAGGCAGUGGAUGGGAGAUGGGUCGAAGGGAGUGUGUUCCCCACACCACUCUGCCAUCUCCCAGUCUUUGUGUUGGGACGCGGGAGGGUUCAGAGGGACACAUACAUGUACAACCUGUUGUGGUAUCUGAAUAUAACAUGAUGAGAGUGACACUCACAAUGCUGAUGAUGUUAAAAUUCUUGUUGAUAUGACUGACAAAAGAAAAUGAAAUGUUUCACGUGGACAACGUUUGAGCCAUUCUGUCACUCAUGCAUUCCUGUCAAUGGAAAGAAAAAUACUGAAGAUAAAAAAAAAUGAAAAUAAACAAUUUAAAACCGA